AUGUCUCCUAUCACCUCCCACUCUAUUGAUGACCUAAACGGUGCCAUUUGUUUACCCGACUUGUUGAAACGAUUGUACUCUUUCUUUGGAAUUGAUAUGGGCGAUUCUUGCAAGACCGAUCUCGGACACUUGGUCAGGAUAUUGGAAGAAAAAGCACAGAAGGAAGGAGUCCUGUUUCGAGUAUACGACGAUGAGGUGCAAAGUCCGUAUAUCAAGGAUGUUGGGACUAAAGCUACGGACAUGGCGUCAGCCAAAUCGAUAUGGGACCAAAUCAGAUCAUUAGACAUUCCCACAGAGGGUCGUAUCAUUGACGGCAAGGCGGCAUCACGUUUGACUACACUCUUCGAAGGUACUCGUCACCCGACUUAUCACUGUACCAAGGGUUGGACGAAUCACAACAUGCACGAAAAACCAGGCGACCCGGCACUCGCUUCACCAUUCAUCUCAUGUUUAUCCAGCUUCGGUGACGCCUUACACUAUGCUUUAGGUCAAAUGAUGCGCGGAAAGAAAGGCAUGAAAAUCGCUGUGAUCGUGAAUACUUCUCUGGCUGUCUUCGACCCAUCUGAUAUCAUCCUUCACCCCGGAGACGGUGUGAAAUCAUUACCAAUCUAUCUGUCCGCCCGAUGGUCUAGUGCGAGCUUUUUCUCCUCUCGACACCGCGAGUACUUGGUGCUAGCCUCGAUUCCAGCCACAAAUUUCGUGGGUUUCAUCCCACUAAACUUCAAUGGCUUGGGUGUUUGCCUCCCUCCCGAGUUCUACAAGGCAGAUGUUGAUCCCACUAAGAAAUACUGGCAGAAUCUUCUUUGGGAUCCAUGCCUUCCUGGAUGUCACAAGAUGCACAUUGUUCGUGAUCGGAUUAGACGGCGCAAGGCUGAGCUGGCACGUGAGAAAGCCAAAGACCUAUCCAAACGUAUCAGCGACGACGCCUCGAACACCUCAUCGGAUAACGAGCAUACCACGCCGUCAACGUCAACAAAGGUCGACUCGGUUGAAGAUGAUUUGGCGUUGGCGCUGAAGAAAUUGUCUGUUUGA